AUGCUUCCCAAUGGAUGGAGCCUUGCGCAGACACCACUGUUCUCCGUCUCACGCAGCAUUCACUCCGUGCUCAAAGGAGACUUGCUUUUCUCUGCUUUUACGUGCAGGACCCACACCAUGGCAGAACAGGACCCCACCCCCGAGCAGCUGGCGGCCAUCGCUCAAGAUAAUGAAGAGGAAAAAUCAUUGAACUACAAGGCUCCGGCCCAGAAGACCCUGAAGGAGAUCCAAGAGCUAGACAAGGAGGACGAGAGCCUGCGCAAGUACAAGGAGGCCCUGCUAGGAUGCUCCAAUCCAGAGGUCGUAGAAGAUCCAAAUGUUAAAAAUGUCCAGGUGACAAAGAUGACCCUUGUGUGUACCUCUGCGUCAAAACCACUGGUUCUCGACCUCCAAGGAGAUCUGGAAAACUUUAAGAAGAAUCCCAUUGUCUUGAAAGAAGGUGUGGAAUACAAGAUCAAGAUCAGCUUCAAGGUGAACAGAGAAAUAGUGUCUGGACUCCGGUACAACCAACAAACGUUCAGGAAAGGAAUGAGAGUGGACAAGUCGGACUACAUGGUGGGAAGCUACGGGCCACGACCAAAAGAGGAGUACGAGUUCCUCACUCCGCUGGAGGAGGCCCCCACAGGCCUGAUAGCCCGGGGCACCUACACCAUCAAGUCCAAGUUCACGGACGACGACAAUCAUGACCACCUGUCCUGGGAUUGGUGCCUGUCCAUCAAGAAGGAGUGGGAAAAUUGA